AUCAUUUUGGAUAUUUUAACAACUGAGUUUUCCUCUGUGACUCUGUUACAUGGAGACUGGGCUGCACAAGUGAAACAGGUGUGUCUCCUGAUUAACCCUCUUCUGGAGAUCUCACGUCUAUGGAUGCAGCCUGGGAGAGCACGAGGGGUUUCUGAAGCCAUGUCACCCUGAUGACUCAGGGAUUUUCCAAGAAGCAGGAAGAUUGAAUCUCAUCAGCAAACCCUCACAAGGCUGAAGUUGUCCUCUCUUCACUCUCUUGCUGCCUGAAACCUUAAGUCAUUCUGCAGUGCCCUUUCAAAUUGGGACCCGCCUCAGUCCAUGUGGUAUUUCUAAUGAAAGCAGUGACUUCUGGGAGGCUACCUCAUCCCGUGCACCAAUCUUCCCACUGGAUCCUGGCCACUACCUCAAAAUGAGGUGUCUCUAAUUCUAGAGUGGAAUCAGGAGGAUCCAGAUGCAUUGCCACUUAUGACUGGUAUAAAUUACAGCCCACAAGCAGAGGUGUGCAAGAAAUAGUACGAAAAAUUUUUUUAUAACUCCAUGUAAUUUGUAUUUUAAGCCUUGAUCCUGCUGGUGUCCUGUUUGGAUUUCCGCCAUCCCUAUUUGAAAGUCAUACAGGGCCAAGGUUUUGAGGGAGUGGGUGGAAGCAUGAUCAUUGUUGACUGGAGCCCACAGUUGUAAGUGUAGAUGCCCAUCAGCUCGGGGGCCAUGCCUCCUUUACUUUUCGUGGCUCCGGUGCCAUGCGUGGGACAGGUUGCCAUGAUUCUGCUUGUAUGCACACUAUAGCCAUCUCCUUUUAGAAUUUUUGCUCCAUUUACCCCUCCAGCCACACUUGAGAGGCCUUUGCUCCUCCAGGAUUUACAGACAUCUCUCUCUGACUUAAUUAGCACAUUUCAACACUCCAGUAGGGAAACAAGACAGUACCUAAUUUCAAACACCUGCUUCUGUUAUGUUUCUGCUCAAGUAUCCUCUCUUUUCCAUGGAGUUUGCGAUUUUAGAAAUAAAAGCCAAGAUGAUCAGCAUGCUAUUUCUGCUAUGCCCUGCCGGGCUCUUCCACUGGCCAGUGAACAUAGGGUCUGCUACCCACUUGAAUGCAGAAGGGAAAGGGUGAAAUAAAGGAAGAAAAGGAAAAAAAUGAACAGGAACAGAUUAACAUCUCAAAGUAUCCUGCCACAUUUGAAAGAUGUGAGAGUUGAAUUCAUGGGAAAGGUUCUGCUGGGAAAAAGGAGUUGUUCUUGAAAAUGGGGUCUGUGCUGUUGCAGAGACUGUUGAACCUAGGUCCACGGAAUGCUCUGAUGUCAUCAUUGAGGUUAGAGAAUUCUGCUGUAGGCCUGGCAACCUUUUGAAACUUAACAGCCCUGGUGAGCACUAGGCAGUACUGCUUGUUCACUAAGUGGUCCAAGUUCUUCAGCCAUUUAGGAGACUUGACUAUUUUUAUUUGUAUUGAAUCAUUUCAACGGAUUUCCCAAAAGCCAAGAAGGGCCAACCUGUAGGAAAGAGGAGGAGUUGGACGUGAGGCAUCUUCUAAGGGAAUCUUCCAGUUGGUACGAUGAGACGGCGACAAAAGAGGAAACAUCUGGAAAGUGAAGAGUCCCAGGAAACUGCGGAGAAGGGAGGAGGAAUCUCGAAGUCACAAGAGGAUCCCGCUCGGCUUGGAUCCCCUGUGGUGGCCCAAGGCUGCAGCCCAGGGGCAGGGGAGGUCUCCUCUGCCUCUGAAUACUUCUCCUGUGCUUCUUCUCCACGCAAGCUCAUCCGCGGUGGAAUCUGGAGAUUACAUCGAGACACUCCCCAGCCUAGAGCACCCCUAGCCCGGGUUCAGGAACAAGAGGAGACCGCUCCGCCACCACAGUGUGUCGCCUUCUCAUCGCCUUCAUUCAGUAAGACCUCUCUGUAUACAAACAAAGAGGAAAGAGGCAUGAAAAUAUACUACAUGCGGGUGAAGACGAUCAAGGGUGUAGCUGUCUCCUGGGAGACAGAGAAACCCUCGGGCUUGCUAGAAAAGCGGCCGAGGAUAGAAGAAGUGACCCUUCCUGAGGAUGUGCGGGUAGGCUCUCCCCGCUCUGCUGUGUCCACCAGAAACCGCCUGUCUGACAGUGAGCCCACUGGGGAGGAGAAAGAGUGUGAGGAAAGGGCAGAGCCAUACAGCCCAUCAGGGUCAGCUGCAGUCCAGGAGAGACCCAGGGCCAAGACACCGGACUGGCUGGUGACCAUGGAGGCCGGCUUCAGGUGCAUGGCCUGCUGCCGGGUGUUCCCCACCUUGGAGAUCCUCCGGCAGCACGUGCGGUACGGCGUCCAGGAGGGCUUCAGCUGCCAUGUCUUUCAUCUCACCAUGGCCCAGCUGAUGGGCAAUGUGGAAUCCGAGAGCACCACCGAGGAGGAGGUGGAGGAGGGAGGAGAGGAGGAGGAGAAGCAAGGAGCAAAGGAGAAUGAGGAGGAGCAGCCCACGGGGGAAGACCUCAGCCCGAGGAGACCGUGGAGCCAAUGUCCAGGCUGCGUGUUUCAUUCUCCGAAGGACAGGAACAACUGAGAUUCAUGGGACAAGAUCCUAGAAGACGGUGUGGACUUCUGUUGGAAGAGAACAAACAGUGUUUCUUAGAAUAUCC